AUGGUUUUAAGUCAUAUGAAGGAGUUAGCUGAAGCUUAUUUGGGGAAGAAAGCAGAAAAUGCAGCAAUUAGUGGUCUAGUUUGCUUUGGUGAUUCAGAGAGUCAGGUCAACAGGGACGCAGGAGCCAUAGCUGGCUUUAAUAUCGUGAGAACCAUGUAUGAGUCCGCUGCUGCAGCCAUGAUCUAUGACCUUGACAGAAAAGAGAAAUACAUGCUGUUCUUUGAUGUGGUUGAUUGUCCCUUGGAUGUGUCUAUCCUGAAUAGCCAGGAUGUAAGAGUCACAUCUGGUGACAUCCAGGUGGCUGGAGAAGAUUUGGACAGUCACAGCCUCAGCCACCUAACAGAAGAGUUCUGA